AUGGCUCCUGCUGUGCAGCUUGCUAAUGCAAUUGGUGUUUUCGGUAAUGUUGAUAUCGAUGAUGCAGUUAUAACAAUAAAUUUGCCGCUUCGCAUCACCAUGUAUAAUUAUUCAACUUCGAGUAUAGGUGUCAGCAGUAAUGGCGCAGAAGUUGAAGUUAAUGGACAGCGAUAUGCUGGAGAAGACUUGUGUUCAUCGAAGUCAGCUGCACACCAGUCGGCAGCAACAAAAGCAUGUCAGACACUUAUCGUUGAUGAUAUUGAUCAUCCUUCAAUCGAACAUUUGCCUUCCGAAUAUGCUGACAUUGAACACUUUAUAGGUCAAAUCGUCGAAAGUACUGGUGGUCGAAUUCGAAAAAUACGACCAAUUAACGAGCAUGGAAUAUAUCGAUUUGAAAUUACUGGUUCCUACCGAUAUUGUGAAAAUGUUCAUCGUCAUCACAAAAAAAAUCAUAUAUAUUUCAUAGUGAAUCCAAUCGAAAGAACUCUCUAUCAAAAAUGUUAUGAUCCUGGCUGUCAAGGUUUUCGCAGUCGAUCGAGGCCGAUCACUGAAGGACAGAGCACUGUGAUUCCUCCAAUGCCAAAAAAUCUUGUCGAGGAAUGCCCUAGUUGUCUAAAACAAAUGCCUAAUGUUGGAAGAAAACAAUGCCAAGAAUGUGCACAACUAUUUUGUUCUCAAUGUGUGUGA